AUCAACGUUGCUCUCUUCCCAAGUUGUGUGGUGAUGCUGAGAGCUUGUCACCGCACAGCACUGCUGUAGCAUACAUUCCGGCGUGGAUAGCCGACGUGUGAACAGCUUGUUUUCAUCAAUCGUGUUCUAGUGAAUGGUUCUGAGUUGUUGUGAACAUGUGAUUGGAUUAUGCUGAGCUGUCCUUUGGUUUAAAUUGUUUCAAGUGACGUUGAAUGAUCUAGCUGCAGUGUAAGUGAGAGGGUGCUUUACAUGUGAAAUUAUCAAUAGUUGAGUAUCGGUAGGAUUGUGCGUUGUGAUAGGGAAACAUGUCCAGAAGGAAACAAGCUAAACCUCGUGCACUUAAACCUGACGGCGAGGACGGCGAUGGGAUGCUGGAAAAUCGUGAAGCUGGACUUUUGCAUGUCAACGAUAACAGUGAAAAGGAAAAUGAUAUGCCAGACAAUGGCACCGAUGGUGAGGAGGAGGAGGAGGAUGACGACGAUGAUGAUGAUGAUGCUGAUGACGAUGGCGAUGAGCCGGAAAACAGAGAUCAAACCAUGAAGAAUGAAUUGUUCGACAACGAGUCUAUCAACACUAACAUCUACGACGACGAUGACGAUCUCACAUCGGAAAGUUUCUGUUCUGAGUUCUACUCCUCGCAUACGUCGUCAAGCUUUUCACCCUCGAUAUCGGAUGGCAUGACGACUCCGAACUCGAUCACCAACGAGGGCGAUGCUGGGUUGCUGCUAGCGAACGGAGAUUCCGGUGCUACCGGGGCGUCCGACGGUGGUACCGCCGGAGAUAAAUGCCGCGCUGAGAGGCGCAACCGGACCGACAAUAAUAAUAAAAUAAUUAAAAACAACAAUCACACUAAUAGCCACAGCAAGAAUAAUGACGGCACUUAUCGCUGUCAGUUUUGUGAUAAAACGUUUCCACGUCUUGGCUAUCUGAAAAAGCACGAACAGAGCCAUACCGAACAUAUGCCAUUCAAGUGUGAAUACUGCGCUCGUUUGUUCAAACACAAGAGGUCAAGAGAUCGCCAUACCAAACUGCAUACGGGAGAUCGGCGAUACCGGUGUCCUCACUGCGAAGCGGCUUUUUCAAGAAGUGAUCAUCUGAAAAUUCACAUGAAAACCCACGACAACCAGAAGCCUUUUCAGUGCACUAUCUGCAACCGUGGCUACAAUACGGCGGCAGCACUAACGAGCCACAUGCAGAACCACAAGAAGCAAAUUGCUCUAACCGGUAGUCCCAACUUGACCUACAGUCCCCGUUCGACCAGUUCGCUUUCUAGCAACGCAUCCAAUCCCAAAAGAAAAUUCUCCCCGUACGAGCAGAACCUGAUGAUGAUUAACCGUUCCAAGCUGUUAAAAUCCGGCGAUCUCACCUGCAUAUAUUGCACACGGACGGAUUUCGCUAACGUCGAGCAACUGGGAGCUCACGUUCAAACAAUGCACAGCAAUUUGCUUCUCAACGAAAACAACUUCCAUCGCCAUGCUUCACCGGACUCGUUGGUUCCCUAUCCACCCAUUUCUUGCGAAUUUUGCACCAUGAAGUUCCCGACUGUUCCGAUGAUGUUUAACCAUCUCAAAACUACGCAUUUGGACAGAAUCAACAGUCCAAACAGUUACCUGGAACAGUUCAAUAAGAACCUGAUGAGUACAUAUACUUCGUUCUACGGGGCUGCACUGUUCGAGGACAAACAUGAAACCGAAGGACGUGGUCAGGUCAAGAGUGAACGCCCCACCAGUCGGAAAAGUGUUCGGGAUGAAAAUGGAAACGAGAAAAGUCCCACCGUCGUCGAUUCCAAAUCCAUCAAGCUGGAGAAAAAAGAUGAAAAUGAUAAUUCCCAGGAAGCACAGGAACAACUGGCGCCCACGGAUUUGAGUCAACCUCGCAUAAAAAAGCUAAAGAUGGAGCAUGAGAACCACUCGACUUCUAGUCCGGAUAGUAAAGACACGGAAAAGGACAGUUCACCAAACGGGUCGAGUUCGAUACUACCGACCCCACCCGGGGCCUAUCUUUGCAACCAAUGCAACGCCGCCCUCCCGGAUUUUGAAUCAUUCCGAAGUCAUCUGAAGGCUCACCUCGAGCAAGGAUCGACCGCAUCAUCGUUCGUGUGUCAACAGUGUGGUGCCACACUUGGUGACCACCAGGAGUACGAAAAACACGUAACCGGCCAUUAUCUGGUUACCGGUGCGGAGUAUCAGUGCGAAGCAAGCUGCAGCAAAAAGUUUGCCAAAGCGGAUGAACUGCACAAACAUCUGUACGAUUCGCAUACACAGGUGCUGUAUAAAUGUGCCCUCUGUAGCGAAACAUUCGACAGUAAGGUGACUAUUCAGGUGCACUUUGCAGUGGCGCAUUCUACCGAGGUCAAGCUGUACCGGUGUUCGGCGUGUACGGAGAUGUUCCGUUCGGAGCGAGAGUUCAGGCACCACAUCCGCACACGGCACAUCACAACUGGAGCGGUACAGUGUGUCUUCUGUCGGGUUGUCUGCUCAUCCGAGUUGGAAAUGCAAUUUCAUCUAGCCGCGCACGCCAGAAAAUUCAAAUGUCCAGCAUGCCCAGAAUCCUUCCACGUGGAGUUCCUACUGGAUCGCCAUAUGCAAACCCAUCACAGUCAGAAAGAGAUAACCAAUGCAGCAGCUGCUGCUGCAACCAUCUCCAACAGUACUGGUAGCGGCGGUAACGCCAACAACAGCAAUAAUCUCGAAUACUUGCAACUGCAUGGCCAAAUGGCUGCAGCCGCCGCUGGAUGGCAAAAUUUGUAUGCGGCUAACAAGUUCUACAAUCCUCUUCAUGUCGACACACUAAACUCGAUGAAGCACCCUAACUUCCUGCACGGAUUCUACGACAGCCUGAAUAAGACCCAAGCUCAGCGCUAUUUGGAACAGGCCAAAAAAGGAUUCGUUAGUCCAAACAACGUGACCCAAUCGAAGGCACUGCUAAAUCUGUACAAUCAACGAACGGCUGCCAUGAAUGGACUGUACUCUCCUGACCACAUCGGUGCUGGAAGUGCCGGUGUUGGUAAUCAGCAAGCUACCGGUGGUAACUGUCCAUCCAAUACACCCGUUUCCGCCAAACCCACACAAACUUUUUCUCCAACCACGUUGCUGCAUCGCUAUGGAAUUAAUCCUUCAGGUAACACGCCCAAUUCGAACAGCUCAGCAGGGCAGCCGAACCCGCCGGACAAAUCAACAUCGGUUAGUGCCAAAAAUGGCACAACAAACAAUUAUUACAGUUGCGGCAUUUGCGAGAGAAACGAUUUCGGCACGGAAAAUGAAGUUCAAACUCAUAGAAAAAUCGUGCACAAUUUGAAGACUGGAGUCAGCCUUCGGUGCGCCUAUUGCAGUGGAGAUUUCCGGUCAAGAAACGAACUGGAGAACCAUAUGAAGAUUACUCACAACACCGGUGGCAAGCACAAGUGCUUGAUAUGCGACGAAAUCUUCCCCUCUCCAGCGGUCCUCGCCGAGCACAAGCUAACCCACUGCAAGGUCGGAGCGUCGGGACGUUGUUCACACUGUCCUACCACUUUGCCCGAUGCGCACAGCUUCAAAACCCAUCUCACACAGCAUCAUCAGCAACAAUCUGCGAGCUCCGCACCGAACUCCAGUUCGAUUGCCAGCAGUGGUAGCGGUUCUGGUCCAGGUCAGGAGCAGGAACGCUUCCCAAUCCAGUGUAUCUGCUGCCGGCAAACGCUCAACUCGGAAUUCGAAAUAAGUUUGCACGCAAAAUUCCACACAAAGUCCAUUGAAACAAAUGAAAAAACGUGCGCCCUCUGCUUAGAACCUUUGGCCCACGGACAAGAGGCUAAAAUCUGUGAAAGUUGUUUAAAACGUCACAAUUUCCCUUCGAAACUGCUUUCUAUCAACAACUUUAUCAAAUCAUCAGCAGCAUCCUCAGCUUCAGCUGUUCCACCUCAAGAAGAGACGAACCACCAACAACUGCAGCAAUCCACCAAAACCACUACCCAGUGUAACCUCUGCAAGAAACAUCUCGUUGAUACUCAAAAACUACAGGAGCAUCUAAUCGAUCAUACCUUCGCCGGGUGCGAGGAUCGUGGCUAUAUAUGCUAUCUCUGUUCCUCCGUGUUCACGUCGUCGAUGGGACUGCAAGUGCACAUCACCGAGCACGGAUCACAGGCUAAGCCGUACGACUGUAACCACUGUGAUGAAGCGUUCUUCUUCCGGGCAGAACUUGAACACCAUCUUAUCGACCACGAGCUGGGUAAAGUUCAUCUAGUUCCUAGAACCGACAGUGAUCCACCGCACGAAGCUUCACUGCACAUCAAGUCGGAAAAAAUAGAGCACAGCACGGGAAAAGAUGAAGAUCACAGCCAAGAUAGACAGGAAGCUUUGAAAGGAGAGCUGAACGAGCCGAAAGCAGGCUCACCCAGUGUGGACAGUGUGAACAGUGGCAACGGAAGCAGCUACCCGGAGCAGGAAGAUUGCGAUGAAGAUGAUGAUGAGUAUAUAGAGGUAGAGCACAACGUUGAGGAGAGCGGAAAGGAAUCGGCCGUUUCCAGUCGGGAUGGCAUUGAACGACCCGGUAAAUAAAUGCUCAGAAAUAAAAAAAAACUCGUGUAGAUAUAGACUGUAGACCCUAAAGAGUAUAUCACCGGCAUUCAUUGGGCGUUGUAGUGCAGGACGCUUUCGCUUCGUUUCUGUUCCACCUUAGUUCUAUUGUAAGUUAUUUGUUACGUUAGUUAUUUAUUUUGUUUUACGACUAGAAAAUCAACGAUAGCCAGGCUAGUACUAUUGUUAAUUCGCAUUUAUAGUUAAUCGCAUCGUAGUAAGUCCUAAAUAGUCUUGAAAUUAGAAGAUAUCAGGAUAAC